CUGACACUGCGGCAUAGCUACGGAGUAGAAGGUCCUCGAAUAUGUCUUCAGAGCUUGAGGCACUGCGGAAUCAACUUCGCGCAGCACAGCGGCGUGAGCAAGAAGCAGAACGACUCCGCGAAGAAGAGCAACGACUCCGCGAAGAAGCAGAACGUCUCCGCGAAUAUGAACGACAGCGCUACGAACAGAGGACCGGAAAGACAACGCUGCCCGAGUUCCUCGAUGCAUGCCAUAAUCACCUUUGCCUAGGUCUGACCAUCCAACCAGAUACCACACAGUCCACGCAAGGCGAUGCCGCAAACGCAGACAACAAACCGCGGCCUGAUCGAAUCUUGCCAUGGCCAGAAUUUGAUGCGGAGCAGGCACGGACGUGGCAAGAUUUGAUGGAUUCAGAAUUCGUCCUUGAACGACAUUUUACCUCCCUACAUACACUAGAAGAGUCAGGGGAAGCCGUUCGCCGGCGCCAGAUGGGUUCGGAGCUAGAUCUUAAUAGCUUUGCUCGAUUCACCGUGGAGGAUCUGGUAUCCCAGAUCAUCGAGCGGUUCUCUAAAGACAGCGUAUUAUGCCAUCGUUUUGGUAUCAAAGGCGCAGUCAAGUUUGAAAACCACAGCAACACACUCAGUCCUGAUCGAACAACAGAGCAAAUGCAAUCUCUUAGCAUUUCUGACAACCCGCGACGGUCGGAACGCCUUCGAGCCCAUGCAAACAAACCGGGACGGGCUGACUCUCCUAAGCCAUCGAAAUCUGCCAUGAAAUCUUCCCGUCCUCGUGCAGAUCAGUUCUGCGUUUACAAUACCAGUGGUGAGGGAGAGACAGAGCACCGGGUGGCCGCACUGACGAUCGAAUACAAAGCUCCCCAUAAGUUGACAUUGGGGCAUAUUUAUGAAGGUCUUGCCGAGAUGAACCUGGAUGAGGUUGUGGAGGAAGGCGAGAAUGAAAGUGUGGCAAUUCGCUGUCGUCGUUUGGUCGCCGCUGUGAUCACGCAAGGCUUCUCAUAUAUGGUGAAGGCUGGGGUGGAAUAUGGUGAGAUCUACACUGGUGAAGCAACGAUAUUCUUGCGCAUUCCUGACGAUCCCUCAACCGUGUACUACUCUCUAUCUGUUCCAAAAGGAGAUGUCGGCGCGUCCACUGGCUGGGACGAGCGUGGAAACCUUUCAGUAUCCACUGUGCACUGCAUGGAGGCGUUUUAAGCGCGCGAAGAGUAAAGGCUACAGCCUGACCAACCGCGGUCAGAUGUAAUCGAUUUGCGUCAGCUCAAGGCAUGGAAUGUCGUCGUUAAAGAGGUCGAGGAUGCUGUCGCCGAUGACGAAGUCCCGUCUUCGGAGUAUCGCCCUUCACCCAGAGUCAAUGAGGAUAUUAUACGGUCACCAAUCCAAUUUCGACCUCGCAAGAAGAAUCAAUUUGUGGGAACUUGUGCUUCAGUGACGUCUUCUUUCAGCAGCGAUGAUGACAACCAUCAUCCCGACACACCAAGCCGUCCCCAACCGCCUUCAAGCAGCGGAAACCCUAUUACUUCCGCCAACCCACCAUCACAAUCUACUGAACGUGGUGGGAAAAGGGGGGCUUACAGCAAGGCUCAUCGCCAGAAGGAUCUAGGUCGGUUUUGUACGCCAAACUGCCUAAUGGGUAUGGUAGAUGGGGGAGAACUCGAUUGGCGGUGUCCGAAUGUCAAGGAACAUGGAAAGAGUCGUCAUCAACUCGACCGUAAUACAUUCAUGCGACAUAUCCGCGAGUUAUUGCGCAAUCAGCUUGACUAUUGUGUGGAAAUGAACAUUCAUGGAGCUGGAGGAGCUUUUUUCAAGGUGAAGUUACCUGGAUUUGGGUACACCGUUGCUGCGAAAGGCACCGGGAUUGAGUGUGUUAAAGAUCUGAUGCAUGAAUCGACAAUUUACCGUCGUCUCCUUCCUGUUCAGGGGAAGUGCGUACCUGUGCACCUAGGGGAUACGAAAGUGGACAGCAUAUUAUACUACGCAGGAGCCGUUCGUAUUGUCUAUAUGAUGUUUCUAAGCUUUGGAGGAUUCCAAUUACGAUCGCCAAUCUCACAAACUCACGCUGACGACGCCAUCUGUGGUCUUCAUGCCAUACAUCAGCGGGGAGUAUUGCAGGGCGAUUCGGAAGCCCGUAACAUUCUCGUACACCCGGAUCGACUAGGAAUUACCUGGAUUGACUUUGAACGAGCUGAGUUUAUACGUCCACGAGCGGUAUUAGGAAGUUUAUCUCCAAAUCGGAAACGGAAAGGUAGCUGGUCUCACGAGGUAGGGAAGUGUCAGUAUGGAAAGGACAGCAGGAGGACACCUGCAUCAGAGAUACGUCAAGCUAAGACGGAGCUAGCGAGAUUGGUGGUGAAGCAGGAAGUAGUCAAUUUUACAAAUGCCGACCUCACUCGGCCCGGAACGCGUAUGAGGAGCGGAAGAAGUCUGAUAGCAGGAUGAACUCGCUCCGGAAGUCGUGACUGAUGAGCCUCGUCACCGGCGUUUCCGUACGAGACAGUGCUGACUCAGCUCACGAGUUCAAUAGACACAAAUCACGAGUGACACAGGAGCCCCACCUCUCAUUCAACAAUUUCGACGUCGAUUCCGGAUGUGAAUAGCGGCGAGAUCCGGUGGAUACUCGCCGGGCGCAGCCUUCGUGGAGUGGACAACGGUGGGGAGCUUUGAUAUGCGCUUCGAUCGUUGUGAUCAAACGAGGGUUACGAGUCCGGGGAACGCCGCCUUGUUUCACGUGAUGAACAGGGACACAGGUUGUCUUUGGCUGUCUGCAGUCUCGGGCCAUGUGGCCUGGCUUGUCGCAGUUAAAACAGAGUCGUUCCUUGAAUUGUCUGUCUUUCUUAGGGUCACGGGGUCGUCCAGGUUUGAACGUGGCAUCGAGUUCCAUUGGGUCCGACCAACGGUUGUCUCGCGGGUGUUGAUCCCGUCGUCUGCCCUCGUUUCCCCGGUAGGGGUAACUUUUCUUGGGCUUGUCAUAGGUCCGACGUUCCUUCUGGAAUUCGUAUAGUCGAUUGUCGAUUCGGACCGUAUGUUCGAUUAGCGCUACCAUGUCCGUUGGUUGUUGUUCCAAACGGGCAAGUUCCAUACGUAUAUGGCUCUUCAGCCCACGUCGGUAGUGGCUGAUGAGUGCGCUGGCGUCCCAUCCUGUCUCUGGAAUUCUGUGGAGUACGUGAGGGCGCUGCCAGUCUGCUUAAGUGCAAACAGAUGGUCUUCCGCGGUCUUAAUCUCAUCGAUGUCUCCGAACAUGCGUCGGAUUUCCUUACAGAAUCCUUUCCAGCUGCCAAACAUAGUCUGCGUAGUUGCCAUGCUUCCAUUGGUACUUUCAUAUUUGAAAUAAUCCUUGAGGAAUGGUUCGACCCAUCGCAGGGCUUCCCCCCUAAGGUAGGACGCAGUCCACAGGGCAUAGCUCUCCUGGGUGGGAAACUUCUCGUCAUUGAAGUG